AUGACCAUGUGGCAUGUGAUCAGUAACAAACGGGGUACGAUGGAAUUCGCAAGUUGCUCCGGAAGUAACACAUCUACAUUCCUCUCAUUUAUUGGGCUCCUUGCACUGACGCUGUGGAGCUGUGGAACCUUCAAAUCGUUGUUUGGAAUUGUUUGGGGUUCCUGCAAGCAACUUUUCAACGAGGAAAACUUCGCUGUUCGAUAUGGACAGUGGGCUGUAAUAAGUGGGGGUUCCGAUGGGAUUGGCCGUCAGUACGCCCGGUUUUUUGCACGGAAAGGGCUCAAUAUAGUAAUAAUUGCUCUACCGGACGAAAAACUGGAACGGACAGCUGAGGAAAUCGAAUUAACCUUUCGUGUGCAAGUGAGACGUAUUCCGGCUGACUUCUCCAGAGGAUUUGAACUAAACGACUAUUUAAAACAAGAACUUCACGAUCUGGAUGUGGGAAUACUUGUAAACAACGUAGGAAUAGCCCGUACGGACCUGGCCUACUUUGACAAAAACACGCUGAAGAUGCACCAGCAAAUAAUUAACGUAAAUAUCAACGCUGCUGUCAUGUUGAGCCACAUCAUAUUGCCCCGGAUGAAGCAAAAUCAUCGUGGUUUGGUAAUUAACAUCGCUUCUGUGGCCGGACAGGUUCCGAUACCUUUUUGCCUGAUGUAUUCUGCCACAAAAGCAUUUGUGACAAACUUCAGUGUUGCUUUACAGCAAGAGCUGUCUGUUUUCGGUGUUGAAUGCCAAACCGUCACACCGUGCUUUGUGGCUACUAAUUUGACAGAACGUUUGUCGCAGUAUGCGAUUGGUCGGUUAUUAAGCGCCAAUGUGGAGACGUUUGGAAAAUUCGCUACAAUGACCGUUGGGAAAACGAUUCGCACCACCGGUUACUGGGUGCAUGGAUUGAUGGUGACGGGUUUGAACUUCAUUCCUACUGAAUUGCUGACGAAAAUAUUACUUGUGUUAGGAAAAACGAUCGUGGAGAGGAUGAAAAUCUCUACACAGUGAAAAUGCUUGAUUCGUGAGGACGAAAAUCUGUAUCGAACAAAUUCUUCAAAUACGGGUUCUUUUCUAGCAGUGUAUUUUUUUCAUUUCAAAAUAAUUUAAAUCACUAAGUUUGAAGCAAUGCUCAAUAUGCUUUCGGAAUUGUGCUCAAUCGAUUUGUUUAAGUAUUUACAUCGAAUUCGACGUAUUUGAGAAAUUGCAACACAUUCAACACACGAAGAAUAUUUAGGGGAGAGCCGGCAUCUUUGGGCCAUUUUGCACUUCAGAUUUACUUAUAACAGUAAAUAAAGUAUAUUUAAAAAUUA